UAUGUAAGAGUGUAGGUGUUGUUGUUGAUUGCAAGUCACAUGAAGGCAAGUCAUGUGACCACUUAUGGGAGACUACUCUAUUGUCUGUUUAGAAUAAAAAUGGCAGCCUCCAUUAGCAGACUAAAAAGUCAAAGGUCGAUAAGUUUGUUGCAAAGAUUAAAAUGUAUUACUACCACCUGUGCACAAGAGAAACAAACCUCAAUGAUAAAUAUUAUCAGAGAUAAUUCCAAUGCAACCAGUAUUACAAGACCUCACAGAUUUGCAUAUCCAAGAACAUACCCAACGAUAUUGGUGUUUCCAGAUGGCAGUACCAUUAACAUCAGAUACCACGAACCUCGAAGUAUCAUAAAGCUUCCAGUUGAUAUGAGUGCUCUGACAGAGGCUGAGAAGAAAAGAAUUUUAGCACUAAGGAAACCCAAACAGAAGUUGGAAGUGAUUGAAGAUUUGAGUGUUGAUGUCAAUUUCAAUGAAUACAGCAAAUUCUUUAAAAAAUGAUCUGUUUUGCAAAUUGUAUAUUUUUUUUAUAGAAUAAAUAUUAUUAUUUUUUUUUUUGAA